AUGGCGCGGGCGGGCGCGGGGCCGCCGCGGGAGCUGUCCCUGGAGGAGGUGCUGAAGUGCUACGAGCAGCCGCUGAACGAGGAGCAGGCCUGGGCGCUCUGCUUCCAAGGCUGCCGCGCCGCCGCCGCCGCCCCCGUCGCCCCCGCGCCGCUCCGCACCGCCGACAUCCGCCUCCGCGCCGACGGCUCCCUCCGCCUGCCCGCCCCGCCGCACGACCUGCCCGUGCUGCUGACACCUUCCACCGAAGCCCAGAUGGUGCAGUCGCUGGGCUUUGCCGUGUACCGGGCGCUGGACUGGGGACUGGACGAGAACGAGGAGCGGGAGCUGAGCCCGCGCCUGGAGCAGCUCAUCGACCUGAUGACCAACAGCGACUCCGAGGACAGCGGCUGCGCCACGGCCGAUGAGGGCUAUGGAGGGCAGGAUGAGGAGGAGGAGGGGGGCGAGGGGCCGCCUCGCUCCGUGCGCACCUUCGGGCAGGCCAUGCGCUGCUGUGCCGCCCGCCUGGCCGAUCCCGCCGGCGCCCCCGCGCACUACCAGGCUGUCUGCCGCGCCCUCUUCGCAGAAACAGUGGAGCUCAUGGCCUUCCUUGCCAAAAUCCGCGAUGCCAAGGAGCUACUGCAGAAGCUGAAGGAAGAUGAUGAAGAGGAGGAGCGGCCAGCAGCAGAGCUGGGCAACCUGCGCAACACAGACUGGGCCCGGCUGUGGGUGCAGCUGAUGCGGGAGCUGCGGCACGGUGUGAAGCUGAAGAAGGUGCAGGAGAAGCAGUUCAACCCUCUGCCCACUGAGUACCAGCUCACACCCUUCGAGAUGCUCAUGCAGGACAUCCGUGCCCGCAACUACAAGCUCCGCAAGGUCAUGGUGGAUGGAGACAUCCCCCCCCGGGUGAAGAAAGAUGCCCACGAGCUCAUACUUGACUUCAUCCGCUCCCGGCCCCCCCUGAAGCAGGCAUCAGAGCGGCGGCUGCGGCCGCUGCCCCAGAAGCAGAGGACACUCCAUGAGAAGAUCCUGGAGGAGAUCAGGCAGGAGCGGAAGCUCCGGCCCGUGGAGCAGAAAGGAUACAGCUCCUUGCCCUGCAUACCACAUGCCUGUGCCGGCCGCCUGGGCUCCAGCUCCUGCCUCGACCUGUCCCGGUGCCCAGCCAGCACCGUGCCUGCACGCCCACGGCCACGCGUCCUGCUCAAGGCUCCCACCCUUGCCGAGAUGGAGGAGAUGAACUUCUCUGAGGACGAAGACUCUCCGGCCACAGAGGUGCCACUGAAGCGGGAUCGCUCCUUCUCAGAGCAGGACCUGGCACAGCUGCAGAGCCAGCUGGGGGGUGACCAGGCUGUGCCCCAGGACCCAGAGCCGUUGCAGCCCGAGCCCCGACCCCGUUCAGGCUCCGUCCCCGCCAGCUGCCACCCGCUGCCAGAUGGCCCAGCAGUGCCCCGGGCUGCCCUCGGUGCUGUGGAGGAGAGGCCAGAGGAUGGAUCCAGCACUACCCCUGCCAGCAGCUCCAAGCACCUCUGGCUGGAGUUCAGCCACCCUGUGGAGAGCCUGGCCCUGACCGUGGAGGAGAUGAUCAAUGUGCGCAGGGUGCUGGUCAAGGCUGAGAUGGAGAAGUUCCUGCAGAGCAAGGAGCUGUACAGCAGCCUGCGGAGGGGGAAGGUCUGCUGCUGCUGCAGGGCCAAGUUUCCUCUCUUCUCCUGGCCCACGUCGUGUUUCUUCUGCAAGCGGUCUGUCUGUAGCUCCUGCAGCCUAAAGAUGAAGAUGCCUUCCAAGAAGCUGGCUCACAUCCCCGUCUACGCGCUGGGCUUCGAGAGCCUGCCAGGCUCGCUGCUGCCCAAGGCCCCGCCGCUGCGCCGGAGGGAGCCCUUCCACUCGCUCUCGGGGCCGUGCUGGCGCCGGGUGGAGGAGGAAUUCCCGCACAUCUACGCCCAGGGCUCGGUCCUGCGCGACGUCUGCUCUGACUGCGCCGGCUUCGUCACCGACGUGGUCAGCUCCAGCCGCCGCAGCGUGGCCGUCCUCAACGCCAGCGCCGCGUCCCGGCGCCACGCCAAGGCUCGCUCCCUCUACAGCGACGCGUGGCUCAAGUGA